AUGGUUGAUGGUGGAAUAAGCUACAUUCAAGACGACAAUUCAGGUUAUGAGGAAGAUCUAGAGGUAGAUCCCGAGCAUCAGCAUGCUGAGCAAGACUCCCAAUCGCGGAGGGUCGUCGGACCUACUCCUCAGCAGUGGAUUGAUAUCAAAGAUGUCUUCUCUCAGUUGUACAUUGCUGAAAACAGGAAGUUAAAGGAUGUUAGAACCAUCUUGCGCAAGAAGUACGGUUUCAAUGCCAGCGAGAAGAUGUUCAAGCGACGAAUUACUGAGUGGAAGAUUCACAAGAACUACAAAGCUAAGGAUAAAGAGCUUCUGGCGAAACGGGUGAAAGAAUACGUGGAUGCCGGACACGACAUUCAGUCGAUCUCAUUUCGUGGAAGACCGUUGAAGCUCGAUCGAGUCAAGCGCCAUUAUCGCAGCGACAAAAGGUUCACUCAACUUUGGGAACAGCUGUCACAGAGUCCAGAAUCUGUGUCUGUUGGAGAUAUGACAAUCAAGGACGAAUCGCCAUCUAUAGUCCCAAACAGAUCAAGAACCUUGCCAAACUCUAGCACUCCGCCUACAGACUCUGACUCCAUCAUGCAAGACAGCAAUGGUUCUGAUGUUGGUUCCAUGACGAUCAACGUUCUCCCGCCGACUGAUCUGUACAACAUGCAAUGUAGUCUAUUUCACACUCGAGAGGCGGUGCAGUGGCAGUUCACGGCCUUCAACCGACUCAAGAUGAACGAACUGCAACAUCGGUUCCCGAACUCCAUUCCAGAAGAGGUCAAAGCCGGACAGACAGAUCAAGUGUCAGCAUUCUGGCUGGGUCUCUAUCAUGGGUUCGACUACUUGCAGACAGGCAGAUCGAGCGAAGCAUGGAAAAAUUUCGACGUAUGCUCCAGUAUGGUACAGCCAUUGCUACAUUCUGCACCUGUUCAGCUCUUAUCCUGCCUGUUGGUACACUUUGCAACCCCAUGGCUGGGAAUGGCUGCGCUGGAGCAGCAUCUACUAAGUUUCGUCUCAUCUAUGGCAGCAAAUACCUUUGGGAAAGAUCAUCCUUAUGUCAAAGCUUUAAGAAUGAUGGUUGCCGCUGACAGUCGAAAUCGCAUUGUUGAGUCAAUGAUGCAAUUGAUUGUUGAGGGCUACAGCGCUCGACGAAGACCCAGCAAUUCGUCGCUCUUUGCCUUGCGCGUUGACCAGAUCGACAUGCUCCGGAAACGCAAGAAUUUCCAACCUGCUCAUCAUAUGUGCCAGCAAUUGAUCAAAGACAGUCAGUCCAUGCCUCCGAAACGGUAUAGGACUGCGCUAGCGGCUUUGGGAAGGCUGUAUGCGGAUCAGAACGAGGAGUUUGCUGUCGAGGGGGUGGCGCACCGCAUUCUCCAGCAUGAGACGUCGGAUUCAGGUACGACAAAUAGUGGAAGCGCAGCUUGGGCCUGCGACCAGCUCGCUACUCUUUGUCUGAGUCGUAAAGAAUACGGUCUAGCCGAGCGAUAUCUUCGUCGAGCGGCGCGCAUGUCCUACACUGGACUCCCGCACCGAGGUCCUUCGACGGAUUCUUUCACUCAAAAGCUGGAUUCCUGUUUGCGACAGCAGGGCAAGAGGGGCCGUCUCAGUGAGAUCCAUGAAGAGCCAGGUAUGGAGCAGGAAGAGACCGCCAGUGGAUCACAACAGUGA